UCACAGGGAGGGAAGGUGGGCUCUCGGGUGCGGUAGGAGCAGAGGCGGAUCCUCACUCCCGAGCGUGGGCAUCGCGCAGUUGUCACCCGGAGCUGCCGCGGCCCGCUGGUGGCGGCGGCCUAUUGAGCUGUUUCCGAAGGAAGAAAGGUCCAGGCACGUGCGAAAACCCAGCAUGAAGACGCGCUAAGUGGGAGCCCAGGAAGUUCCCCUCGCGAAAUCCAGAGUGGCGCAGCUGAGUAGGGGGGCGCGUCUGGCUAGUUGCACCGAGUUGCUGGCUUCCAGUCUUUGGGCCACGCCUACGGGCCUUCCUGCUCACCCAGCCGGAGGCUUUUAUCAGGUUGCCCAGGCUGGCCUUGAACUUCCAUCCUUCUGCCCCAGUGUCCUGAAUGACUGGAAUUACAGGUCCAGGAGGCAAGAUGGCAGCUGGGUCAAAUGGACAUGAAGAGUGGGUGGGCAGUGCAUAUCUGUUUUUGGAGUCCUCGUUAGACAAGGUGGUCCUGUCAGAUGCCUACACACACCCCCAGAAGAAAGUGGCAGUAUACGGGGCUCUGCGGACUGCAUUGGCAGAGAGCUCCGAGAGCCCCGACGAGCUACAGAUACUGAAGAUCCACAGUAGCGACCCGCAGCUGAUCGUGCAGCUGCGUUUCUGUGGGCGCCAGUCUUGCGUUCGCUUCCUCCGCGCCUACCGCGAGGGGGCGCUGCGCGUCACGCUGCAGAGGUGCUUGGCUGCUGCUCUGGCUCUGCCCUCUGUGCAGCUGCAGCUGGAGCUGCUCACCGGCGCAGAACGACUGGACGCUUGGCUGACUGAUGAGGAGCGCUGUGUGCAUAGCAUCUUAGCCCAGAAGCCGGACCGACUCCGGGAUGAGGAACUCGCUGAGCUAGAGGAUGCACUCAACAAUCUGACGUUGAGCUCGGCGGGCCAGGGUGGUGAUUUGAAGGUCACUCCAGCGCUCUCGCAGUCCCUGGGCCCUUCUCCGUUGGAGGAGAAUAAGCCACCGCAGGCUGGCCAGACCUUUCUGUUCCAGGGUCACCCCAUAGUGAACCGGCCGCUGAAUCUGCAGGACCAACAGACAUUCGCACGCUCAGUGGGCCUCAAGUGGCGCAGGGUCGGGCGCUCCCUGCAGCGCAGUUGUCGGGCACUACGGGACCCUGCCCUCGACUCGCUGGCCUAUGAGUACGAGCGCGAGGGGCUGUACGAGCAGGCCUUCCAGCUGCUGCGCCGCUUCGUGCAGGCAGAGGGGCGCCGAGCCACGUUGCAGCGCCUGGUGGAGGCUCUUGAGGAGAACGAGCUAACCAGUCUGGCAGAAGACCUGCUGGGCUUGGCGGAUCCCAACAGUGGUCUGGCCUAGGCUGGGUGCCAAGGAAGGGACGGUCAGCCAGGAGCCCAGCCAGGGUUUGGAGAAGCUAGAGGGACCUAGGGUUCCAUCUACUACUGCUGCCACUGUCGAUGCCUCCCUCUUCCAUCCAAGGGACUCUGAGACCACACUUAACACCCCCGCUUCACUGAGCAGCUGGGGACAAAAUUGACUGCCUUUCCAAUGUGUCAGACAAGCGCGCACACACAUGCCGCCCCCCCCCAGCCAAUAGGGUGCACCUUGGUGAUUCUGCCCUAGUCUUUGAUGGAGGCAGAGUGUGGGUGUCUUCCUUUCUGGCUGGCCCUCACCCCUUCAUUCAUAGAAAAAUGACAUAUUAAGCUCUGGAACUUGUCCUAGGCAUCAACCCAGUACUGCAAAAACUGUUGAGCAAGACAUACAAAUCCUAUCUACUCCCAGCUCAUACAGCAGUGGUAAUAAAGUGUAACACUUUUGACAGCGAGCUGUGGGAGUACAGAGGCCUAUUCCAGUCGGGGUAGGCUUCAGGAGUACAUAACUGUGCACAGGGUAUAGUUGAGAACAGGGCAGUGUUUUGGACACAGCUUUGGGCAGGGUCUGGAGGGAGGCAAAAAGGGAGGUGUUAGAAGUACAAAUUUAGAUCAGGUGUGGUGGUGCCAUGCCUGUAAUCCCAGCACUUGGGAGGCUGAGGCAGGAGGAUUACUGUGA